CACUGUCCUCGACGAGAACUUCUCGUUAAAAAAUAUCAACAUCAAGCCAGGCUGACAAAAUACGUUAAAGUAUGAAAUGAGUGUUUGUAACAAACUAAUACGAUAUUCAGGGCGCAAACUUGCAUUUGGAUGCAGUAAUCAUAAAGAUGUGGAGAUUGAAAACCCUCCACCACAAAGCAAGUGGGUCUGCCAGUGAUUUGGAGGAGUUUAAACGCAAGAGAAGAGAGUUUGAGAAAGCUCUUAGACAGGCACGUAGAGACAGCCAUCUCAUCAGUAAGAGACUCCUGCAGAAUGUGGAUGAGGAAGACUCAGUGGAGACUGGCUCCACCCCUCUGUCACCUGAACAGGUCAGAGAGUUGAUACGUGGAGUCCAGUCUGGGGGAGAGGAGAAAGCAGUUCGUCUCGCAUCUCUAAGAAAAGCACUAAGAAACCCAGAGACCCAACUCACUUUCAUUAAAUCCGAGAACAGCAUGCACAUGUUGAUCGGGCAGCUCAGUGCUCAUAAUGCCCAGUGUCAGCUGGAAGCAGCACGCUGUCUCCAUGAGCUGUCUCACUCUACUCAACCCAGCGUGGGUCAGGCUUGUCUGCCUGCAGGCCCGUACCUCCUCACCUACCUCUCCAGCCAGAGCACCAAGCUAACGGAACUCUGUUUAUACACUUUGGGAAAUCUGUGUCCUGAAAGCACUGUAGUUAGAGAGAAGCUUCUAGCUCAGGGAAUCGUUUCUGCGCUGGCAAACUGUAUUCACAAUCAGAGGUAUAAUCUGGCAGUGGUGGAGGCGGUUGGUUUCACUUUGUCUCAGCUGCUACAAGCCAAAGACGCAACUGAAAAAAUCAUCCCAGCGGUCAUGGCUUCAGAAAUAGUCCCUCAUGUGAUCUCAGCAUUGACUCCAGAUCCUGAGUUUGGUUUUGGGCCAGCGAUCGAGUGCAUGUGGUGUUUGCACUAUUUAGUCAGCAGUAAUUUGGAUAACUCAAGGCUGAUUGCACAAGGCGCGCUCUCACAGUGCAGUGCUGUUUUGAUCACACUAGGAGGCGCUGUUGCUCAAGGAAACAUUGAGGGUGGACUGGAGUUGCUCAUUUGGCCUCUUCUGCGUUGCCUUGGUAACCUGCUGGUCAGUGGAGGUGACGUAAUGCCAGAGGACACUCGUCUCCUCGCUGCGCUGUGUGUUUUCAGUCAGACUUACCUUCACCUUCAUCCUGCUCUGUCCAGAGAGAGCCUGUGGGCGCUCAACAACCUCACCGUUGGUUCAAGUGGGUUCUGCUCUGGCCUGCUGCUCCUCAACAUGGUUCCCAUAUUGAUCCAAUUUCUGUCUUUUUCGAAAGGAAUUAACACAAUGGCACUGAGAGUUCUGGGUAAUAUCGCGCAUCACGGCACAGAAUACUGUGUUAGAUUGACACAAGCAGGGCUGCUCAGCGCCCUCUGUGCCACACUCAAGAUGGCCGAGCCAGAAGUGGUGACGCUGAGCCUGGAAGUGCUGUACAUGCUGCUAUCCAGCAGCCCACAGGUGAUUGAGGAGUUUACGAGGUUAAAUGGUGUUCCUCAGCUGGAAGCGAUUCAGUAUAACAGUGAAGAAGAGCAACGUCUCAAAGCUGCCUACAUUCUCGAUCAUCUCUUCCCUUCUUUCUCUGAGGUGGAGAGUCUUUCAUCAUAACACCAAAGACAGAAUUGCAAAGAUUUAUUUUUUUCUCUUCAACUUUUUUUUUCACUUUCUCUUGUCUUCAAGCAUUCAGUUAUGCAAGUGGGCAGAAAAUAAAUUACUUUUUUGCUGCUUAUGUGAAGCAUGUCCUUUUUUUCUCAAGACGAUCAGACUGACCCAUGGAUGCGACGGUUCAAUGUUUUAGCCAUGUGCCCUAGUAAGUGCCCAGUUGGAUUUUGCCGUGUCUUCAAAAUUCAGUACGGGAGUUAUACAACCCCCAUAUCAUUGUGACAACAGCACAAACACAUGUACUGUUUAAAAUUCAUGGCCAAUAAAAAAAAAUUAUUGACUUUUC